AUGGGUAUCCAUCUACCUUCGGUGAUCCUUCAUGCCAAGCAAGCUCUCAAGUUGCAGUCAAGGCACCAGACCGAUGUGCCGAAAGGCCACAUUGCGGUUUACGUCGGAAAAUUCCGCAAGAGGAGAUUCGUUGUUCCGAUUUCGUACUUGAACCAUCCUUCCUUCCUUGAUUUGCUCAAUCAGGUCAAGGAAGAGUUCGGAUUUGAUCACCCGAUGGGCGGUCUUACGAUCCCGUGCGACGAACAUGUCUUUAUCGAUCUCACUUCUCAGUUGCAUGCAUGGCUGCUGAAAAUAUGA